CUUCAAAGCCCGUGCGUCCGAUCGGUCCACUCGCGGUGGGCUGAGAGCGUGCCAAUACGGCACCUCUCGACACGACACGGCAGCCUCGGACGCUGAGCGGCGUGCGACACCCGUUAGCUGAACAUGUUUCAAGGUACCGUACUCACACCGGGCACCGUACGCGGGAUGACACGACGUGCUUGCUACGAGAACUCGCUACACUCUGACAGCCUGUUCCUGGGUACCUCGCUCGAGCUGGGCGUUAUAAGGUUAACGUUUACGGUACGCAUCGAAGUCCUCCCCAUUCGUGACCGAGCGGCGCCAUGCGAUCCCAACUCGUUGCGCAUGCCUUGCUGGCCAUCACCUACGCUUCCAUUGUUCGCUGUGCGCUCUAUGACAACCCAGCGCUUCUUCCGUCGAGAAAGUACGAUUUUAUUAUCGUAGGAGCCGGGACUGCAGGAAACGUUCUGGCAAGCAGACUUAGCGAGGUGCCGUCGUUCAACGUGCUCGUUAUUGAAGCGGGUUUGAGCAAUCGCGCGGUCAUAGAUGACGAAAUUCCGCUCCUGGACUCAACACUUUCGCCCGAUACUUCGAUAACGUGGAACUAUACGACGACAGAACAAGUCGGUCUCUACAACAGGACUGUGGUCUAUCCCAGGGGACGGGUCCUUGGUGGCUCGAGCACCAUCAACUUUUGUGUGUGGACGAGAGGCUCUGUCGAUGAUUGGGAUCGCUAUGCCAAUGUGACAGAAGAUAUCGGUUGGUCAUGGAACGAAAUGCUGCCGUACAUGAAGAAGAGCGAAAGUCUAGUCCCUCCAAGCGAUCACCAUGACACUGCGGGGCAAGUGAAUCCUGUCGUUCACGGCUUGAGCGGCCCGAUACACAUCAGUCUACCCGGGGUGUCUACUCCCCUCGAUCCUUUGGUCUUCGAAACGACGCAUCAGCGCCCCCACCGCUUCCCGUACAACAUCGAUUACAACUCUGGCUAUCCUCUGGGGAUAGGAUGGUCUCAGGGCUCCGUCUCGACCUCCGGCAGGAGGAGCAGUUCAGCGACGGGCUACCUCGAACCUGUCAUUGACCGCCCGAAUCUUGAUGUGCUCAUCGAGACGCAAGUCACUCGGCUUAUAUCAUACGAUGAAGGCACCGGUCUUCUAUCGUUCACAGGGGUGGAACUGGCGCAGAACAGGACAGCACCGCGGUACACUCUUCGGGCGCAGAAGGAGGUGAUAUUGAGCGCUGGGUCCAUGGGCACUCCGCAGCUGCUGCAACUUAGUGGUAUCGGCGAUCCUACGCUGCUCCAGGCGGUGAACAUCACGCCCCUGGUUAAUCUCACUGAUGUGGGCCAAAACUUGUCGGACCAUCCCCUGCUGGGAAACCCGUGGGUUGUCAAUUCCACUGCUACGUGGGACGAUAUCUUCCGUAACGCCUCUCUCGCGAACGAGCUGUUCUUACAGUGGAACUCGACUGGAACAGGGCCGUACGUCGACGACGGUACAAACCAAAUUGCUUGGAUAAGGCUGCUGAACGAGACCGAGGUCUUCGCGAACUUCACCGAUCCUUCUGCGGGACCUGCCUCUCCCCACAUCGAAAUUCUGCCGCACAACAACUACGUGUCUUUCACUCAGCCUGAGCCUGCCACCGGAUACUACAUGUCCAUGACUACUGCAAUUGUCUCGCCCGCUUCUCGAGGGACCGUCGUACUUGCCUCUAACGAUCCAUUCGAUUACCCCGUGAUCGACCCCGGUAUUCUGGCGGAUCCAUUCGACGUGUACACCAUGGUCGAGGCUGUGAAGGCCGCUCGAGAGUUGGUGAAAGCACCCGUUUGGCGCAACUACGCGAUCGCGGAGUACUCGGCGUUCGCCCUCGCGCAGACCGACGCCGAGCUCGAGGUGUACGUGAGGAACUACACCACCACCAUCUGGCACCCCGUCGGGACCGCCCGGAUGUCGUCGAACGCGAGUGAGGAUGGCGUGGUGACGUCGUCGCUGCUUGUGAAGGGCACGAUUGGCUUGCGUGUCGUUGACGCGUCUGUUCUGGUUCGUGACUCAGUCGUUCGCUUCGGUGCAUCCAUUGACAUACUUGCGAAGCCGUACAUCCCUGCUGCACACCCGCAAGCAUCCGUGUAUGCAGUGGCUGAGAGGGCAGCCGAUUUGAUCAAGCUCGCGUGGCCUCAUUAGUCACAGUCUAGUGUGUUCGUUACUUUAAUCAUCUGACGUUCAUUC